CUGCAACCCCAAAUCUUUUCAAGAAACCCAAGAUCUUGAUCAUGGCAACUCAAGCUUUGGUCUCAUCUUCAUCACUCACCUCCUCAGUGGAGUCUGCUAGACAAAUCUUUGGAGCAAGGCCUGUUCAGUCCCCUUCAAGAAAGCUCUCCUUUCUUGUCAAAGCUGCUUCCACUCCUCCUGUUAAGCAAGGAGCUAACAGACAACUGUGGUUUGCAUCCAAGCAGUCUCUCUCUUACUUGGAUGGGAGUCUCCCAGGUGACUUUGGAUUCGACCCACUUGGUCUCUCAGACCCAGAAGGCACCGGAGGGUUCAUCGAACCCAGGUGGCUAGCUUACGGAGAGGUUAUCAAUGGACGGUUCGCCAUGUUGGGUGCAGCUGGAGCCAUUGCACCAGAGAUUUUCGGCAAACUUGGGCUCAUCCCAGCUGAGACCGCCCUCCCCUGGUUCCAGACCGGUGUCAUUCCCCCAGCCGGCACUUAUAACUACUGGGCUGACCCUUACACCCUAUUCGUCAUGGAAAUGGCAUUCAUGGGUUUUGCAGAGCACAGAAGGUUCCAAGAUUGGUACAACCCAGGUUCAAUGGGGAAACAAUACUUCUUGGGGUUAGAGAAGGGGUUUUCCGGGUCGGGUGAUCCAGCAUACCCGGGUGGGCCGUUUUUCAACCCAUUAGGGUUUGGGAAAGAUGAGAAAUCAAUGAAGGAAUUGAAGCUAAAGGAGAUCAAGAAUGGUAGAUUGGCUAUGUUAGCCAUCUUGGGUUACUUCAUUCAAGGUCUGGUGACUGGGGUUGGACCUUUCCAGAACCUUCUGGACCAUUUGGCUGACCCUGUCAACAACAAUGUCUUGACCAGCCUUAAGUUCCACUAGACCACUGUUUUCCUUCCUUAUUAUUAUAUGUGCAGAAUCUCCUCGAAAUAUUUUAAUAUUAUUAUUAAUUUGUAACAAAAUUAAUGGUAUGUUAAGGAAACAGAAACCUUGUUGCUACUCCAUCCCUAUAUAUCAUCACUUGUUGUAUAGUUUCAUAAAUUUAGUAUUUGCAAUUGCAA